AUGACCGCCGCGGCGCUGUUCCCAGGCGCUCUACUCCAACAAUGGCGACUCCCUGCAACUCUUGUCGUCGCAGUAGCCUUUUCUCUUGUUUCCAUCCUCCUCCUGUCAUGGUCAAGGACACGACGGAGCAGACGCAGGCCAGCCCUGAAUCUGCCUCCCGGUCCGCAGACGCUGCCCCUCCUCGGCAACCUGCACCAGAUUGGCCCACUGCCGCACCGGGGCCUGUGGGCGCUCGCGAGGCAGCAUGGGCCCGUCAUGCUUCUGCGUCUCGGCUCGGUGCCCACGGUGGUGGCGUCCUCGCCGGAGGCGGCGCGGGAGGUCAUGAAGACGCACGACGUGCACUGCUGCAGCCGACCUGCAAUGUCCGGGCCUCGCCGGCUUACGUACGAAUAUAAGGAGGUCGCCUUCGCCCCCUACGGCGACCAUGUCCGUGACAUGCGCAAGCUCUUCAUCCUCGAGCUGCUCAGCAUGCGCCGCGUCCAGGCUGCCUGGGACGCCCGGGUGGCUCAGGCGGAAAAGCUCGUCUUGAACCUGACCCGUGCCGGAGCGAACCCGGUGGCGCUCAACGAGCACAUCUUCAGCGCCGUGGAUGGCAUCAUCGGCACGGUGGUGUUCGGUGAAAUCUACGGCACGGAGCAGUUCAAUUUGCAGUUCCUGAACAUUCUUAGUCAAGUGAUGGACAUGCUAGGCAGCUUCUCCGCCGAGGAUUUCUUCCCCAGCACCGCUGGCCGUUUCAUCGACUGCCUGACAGGCGUCACCGCCCGUCGCGACAGGAUAUUCCAAAGGUUCGAUGCAUUCUUGGAAGAAGUCAUUGAGGGGCACCUCAACACCGCUCACAGUGAGCAGCAUAGCCAUAGAAACCCAAGAAGAUCAGAUCUCGUGAAAGCACUGAUUGGGCUUUUCAAGGACAAUAAUGCAAGUACGGUGCCUUUCACCCGUGACCAUGUGAAAGCUAUGCUCUUUGACACUUUUGUCGGCGGCAUUCACACUACCUCUAUUACCAUGGUGUGGGCGAUGGCAGAAAUGAUCCAGCACCCGAGUGUGCUGAAGAGUGUGCAGGACGAAAUCAGAGAUGUGGUAGGCGGCAAAGAGAUGGCUUCACCUGACGACGUGUCCAACCUCAAGCUCCUCAAGAUGGUUGUGAAGGAGACCCUCCGGAUGCAUCCUCCCUUAACCCUGCUGCUUCCAAGGGAGACUAUCCAACAAGUCAAUAUCAGAGGGUAUGACGUUCCAGCAAAUACAAGAAUCAUCGUGAACGCAUGGGCAAUCGGCAGGGACCCUGACAUUUGGGAGGAUCCAGAGGAGUUCAACCCAGAGAGAUUCAUGGGGUCAGACGUCGACUUCAACGGCGCAAAUUUCGAGUUCCUGCCUUUCGGCUCAGGUCGCCGGAUUUGCCCGGGGAUGGCCAUGGCUGUGACUAACAUCGAGUUCAUCUUGGCCAACCUGCUUCACUGUUUUGACUGGGAACUCCCUGAGGGGGCGAGGAAAGAAGACAUGAGCAUGCAGGAGGCUGGGAGUAUGGCAUUCCACAAGAAAACGCCACUGCUGUUGGUACCAAGGAGGUACCAGACUAGUCAUUGA